AUGAACCCUCCUCGACCACGACAGCAAUGCGAUAACUUCAAUAUGCCAGACCGAGUCACCACUAAAUCUGACAGUGCUAUCUUGCCGACCACUGGCAAGCAAAUUCGUCAACACGAAGCCGCGGGACUCAAAGGCCUGUCAAAGGAGCAAAUUCCCAAGUUCUGGGAGGAAGUCGAAUACUGGAACAAAGAAUUCUUCUCCGAGGCCAAGUGGCAGGAGGUUCUGAAGCGGAUAUGGAGGGCCAGGCAGGAGCACGGCAUGAUGGUACUGGGGUGGCAUCCGCCUCCUAAACCUAUACACUCGAUUCUUACGCCUGGAGGACGCCAUCUACUACUCUAUAGCUCCUCGUCGCUCACCGCACCCACGGGCGCACAUCCACUUCGUCCAGCCCACCUUCCUCGCAUCGAGACUGCAUCGCCCAGCAUACCGCGCCCGCGCUGGGAUGUCGUCUCCGCUGGUCCUGCGACUCCCCUCUCCACCACAACAGGACCGGUGAAGAAUGCUUUCGCAGAAGGUGGUUUCUGGGCCUCUCUCUCACCGAAGGCAUCAUCUCUAGCCGGUAUACCCACCCCAACAACACCCACCGCCGCCGCCAUGCCGUAUGACUUGUACACUUUCCAUACACCCACAGACCUCGCCGCCAAAACUACCUACGAGGAAGUUCGAGGUGAUGUAAAUAAAAUGGCUCUCCAACUCUGCGCAAGCCGUCACGCCCUUCGCCGCUCCUUCACCACCGAAAACGACGUCAUACACCCGUCUAUGGUGCGGCCUCGGGAUACCUUGCUCGCCGCUGAACUCACGUUGUCGAGUUACAAACUCCCCGAGUCGCUUUCAAGCUACAUCGAUCCCCUCUUCCCAGCCAAGAUUGAAAACUACGCCGACGAAGAAGCAGUGGGUGCGAAGCAGUAUAGCAUCCCCAGCCUAAGCCAAUUGGAAGACGUAGACGCUUGGCUACAAUACGAUGAGAAGACUGGGGAGAUGACCACUAUAUUAGAGGCGCAGAGGGAUUUACUCAGGAUGAAUCGGGAAAGAAGGAAGGGGCGGGAGGUUGUGGUGAGGGAAGGAGGUGUUAGAUUAGCGUGGGCUGUCCGGGUAGUCAACGACGCACAGCUCGUGCUUGAAAGACAUGUGGACGCAGGCGGCGAAGAUAGUGAUGACGAGGGGUACGAGUAUGGGAAUUUCAUCAGGAGUCUGGGCGGCGGUGAGCAAAAAGGUUCGCUGAGGUCGAGCGGCUCGACGCUCGACUUGUCAUUACUCAAAAGCUCGUCGACUCGCAGCAGUAACGAAUCUGAUAUCGUCGUUACCCAUCGCUCAGCCAGCGGUCCUAUCAAACCGACUUAUGACUCGAGUUUCGGUCACAAUACCUUACCGCUUCGGAAUAGAACCUUGACGUUAUCCAGCCUUUCCACCGCCGUCCCAUCAUCGGGUUCGCAUACGCAUCAUGACUCCUACCUGGACUCCUACGAACGCAGGCAACCAUCCACGAUCCACAGUAUCCGCCGCAGCAAUGCCACAGUCACAGCCACAGCCACAGCCAUCUCCACCACCUCCAACCUCGCCAGGACCCGCCGUAACUUCAACUCUAGUUUCAGCAUUAAUACGACCGGCAUCGACACGUUUAGAGAGUCGCUGCUAAGCCCGCAAGAACGCGGUACUAGGCGCCGGGGCCCCAGCAUACAGGAUCUGAGUUCUUGGGCCGAUGAACUGAAGAAGAUGGAGAGAAAGAGAGCCGAGGUACGAUUAGCCGGUGGAGGAAGUCGUCGACGAGAUCCUUCUGUUUCACAAAAAGUGGUGGAUGAGGAAGGUGGCGGCCGCCAGGGGGAUGGUCUGGUGAUUAACGGGUGCGUGCAUCCUGCUUUGAGGGGAGGUGGGCAGGGUGAGAGCGAGAAUGAGGAUCAAAACAAAGUGAAACGACUGAGGAGCAGAGGUGGGACUGGAAGUAGCACAGCGAGUUGGCGUUGUAGCACUGCUGCCGGUAUCGAAGGGGAUAUGCAUUCCGGCACUGUCGACUAUGCCACCGACAACGAAGCGGAACACUACCAAGGCGGUGCCGAAGACGGGGAUAUAACGACGCUGACACCAGAGUGCAUGGAUUGGGCAAGACAACCCCGCCGCUCCUCAUCCUCACCGACACAUCCUGCCAUAAGACUGUCUUCGUUGACUGCACUGCGAUUAUCGCCCCCUCGUCGCCCGCCACGUCCUCUUCCCGCACCACUCCCUGAAUGUUCUAGCGUACCACCUACACCCAUCCUCCUCCCAGCACCCAGCUACAAUAGAUACGCAUCUACGUCGUAUGAAAGGCAAGCUUCGAGACCUGUCUUUCCUUUGGUCACGCUUUCGUCCCCCUCGGUUUCCUCGACCCUUCAGCGCGGUGCGAAGAAAGCAGUUUUGUUGGAAGAAGCUGUGCGGAGUAAUCAGCACCUGCAUGCGCUAUCGAUGAGUAAAAUGAAUGAAAAGGAGAAGGAGGAAGAAUGGGGUGAAGAGCUCAGAGCGAUGGAAGGGAGGGAGAGGCUAAGACAGCUAGGACUAGAUAGGGGGACAGAGACAGAGCGCGAGCGUGGCUCAGGAAGGGACGUGGGAUAG